CUCCUCUCUCCUCUGCUCCAAGUGGGGCGGGACCAAGACUCGAGGAGAGGAGACGAGGGAAGGAACUGAGGGAUUUGAACAAACAAAAAAAAGAAAAGAAAAUGAGAGAGGCCGCUUAAGUGUUGUAUAACUAGACUGUGGCUCAAAGCUCCCGGUGCACCAACCGCAUCCAGUUCAUAGUUCGCAUUCCUGCAGGGCACUUUGAGGCUUUCUGGAGGAGCUUCUUUCCCUCUACGUGGCCUCAGAUGACGUUCCUUCUCUCACCGGAAGCAAGAAGUUUAAGUUUAGCUUUUUGUUUUUAAAUAACUCGCCUUCCUUCUGCACAACAACAACAAUGCAUGUCCAAAUAAAACACUUCCUGCGCCAGAAUCUCUGCGUCUCCGUUGCGCGCAAGAGGACAGUUUCUGCAGCACAACAACGUGGGGUGAAGGUAAAGCCCGCAGGACCGCACGCAUCUGCAGAGGUUAAGAAGUAUGUCAGCCUGCAGUGCUGCAGAAACUAUGCAUCCGACACGACGUACGGCCGAGCCUUCGCCACGGCGAGGGACAAGCCGGAGACGUUCUGGGGAGAGGUGGGACAGGACAUUCACUGGUUUGAGCCGUGGAGUAAAACCUUGCAGGUUGAGGAUCCAGUGUUUCCAAACUGGUUUGUUGGAGGGAAGUUGAACAUGUGCUACAAUGCUGUGGAUCGUCAUGUUGAAAGCGGACGUGGAGAGCAGCCUGCAAUCAUUUAUGACAGCCCAGUGACUGGAACUAAACAGAUCAUCACCUUCAGGGAACUUCAGGACCAGGUGUCCAGGUUAGCAGGAGUCUUGGUGAAGAAUGGUGUACAGAAGGGAGACCUGGUGGUGAUCUACAUGCCCAUGGUGCCACAGGCCAUGUUCACCAUGUUGGCCUGUGCACGGAUCGGCGCCCCUCACAGCCUCAUCUUUGGCGGCUUCGCUUCCAAAGAGCUUUCUGUCCGCAUUGAUCACGCCAAGCCCAAAAUGAUGGUUACGGCCUCAUUUGGCAUCGAGCCAGGCAGAAAAGUGGAGUACAUCCCUCUGGUGGAGAAAGCCUUGGAGCUGAGCUCUCACAGGCCCUCUAAAGUCCUCAUCUACAACAGGCCUAACAUGGAAAAAGUAUCAAUGAGUCCAGAGUUGAGUCUGGAUUGGGAGGAGGAGAUGGCCACAGCUCGUCCACAUGACUGUGUUCCUGUUCCUUCCAACCACCCUCUCUACGUCCUCUAUACAUCCGGGACCACUGGAACACCAAAGGGUGUUGUGCGAGACACUGCGGGCUACGCUGCGAUGCUGAAAUGGACCAUGUCAAAUAUUUAUGGACUCAGUCCUGGAGAUGUUUGGUGGGCAGCAUCAGACCUGGGCUGGGUGGUCGGCCAUUCAUACAUCUGCUAUGGUCCUCUGCUCCAUGGUAACAGCACCAUUCUCUAUGAGGGGAAGCCUGUGGGGACUCCAGACCCUGGGGCGUUCUUCCGCGUCCUAUCAGAACACGGGGCGUCCUCCAUGUUCACGGCACCCACCGCCAUCCGAGCCAUCCGCCAGCAGGACCCCCAUGCUGCAAUAGGGAAAAAACACCCCCUCUCCAGGUUGCGGUCGUUAUUUUUGGCAGGCGAGCGCUGUGAUGUGGAGACGCUGGAAUGGGCAAAGAGGAGCUUUGGGGUUCCUGUUCUGGAUCACUGGUGGCAGACUGAAACUGGCUCAGCCAUCACCUCCUCUUGCAUUGGUCUGGAGAACUCACUUACGCCACCUGCAGGUCAGGCUGGCAAACCUGUUCCAGGUUACAAUGUCACAGUGAUCGAUGACGGCAUGCAGGAGGUGAAGCCAAGAACCCUGGGAAAUAUUGUGGUGAGACUACCCUUACCACCUGGUGCAGCAUUGUCACUGUGGCAGAACCAAGAUCUGUUCAAGGAGCUCUACUUCACUAAAUUCCCGGGUUAUUAUGACACCAUGGACGCAGGUUAUGUGGACGAGGAGGGUUUCCUUUACAUCAUGUCUCGGUCUGAUGAUGUCAUCAACGUGGCAGGUCACAGGCUGUCAGCUGGAGCAUUGGAAGAGUCAGUGUUGCAGCACCCUGCAGUGGGAGACUGUGCUGUGGUGGGUCUAGAGGAUAAGCUGAAGGGUGUUGUACCCUUGGCCCUGUGUGUUCUCAAGAAUGGUGUGCAGAAAAAUGAAGAGCAGAUCAUAAAUGAGAUGGUGAAGCUUGUGAGGGACACCAUCGGACCAGUGGCUGCCUUUAAGAAAGUGCUUUUUGUUCAAGGAUUGCCGAAAACGCGCUCUGGCAAGAUCCCUCGCUCCUCUUUAGCUAACCUUGUCAACGGCAAGCCUUACAAGAUCACUCCAACCAUCGAGGACCCAGAAGUGUUCAAAGACAUUGAGAGGCAGGUAGAAAAAGCCCUGAGUCCUCGUGGAGCCUGAACUUGCCUGUUGGAUGAUAAAGAAAGCUGAGGUCGGAUUCAUUUUGGCAAAACAUGUGCAAGCAUGUUCAUGCACUAGGUGCUAAAAAUGGGAACUCAAGACAAAAUCAGUGACUUUGCUUCUUUGAAGCCAAGCUGAAGGUAGACAUUGAUGUCAGCAAGUUUUCCAGUCCGUGCCAAAUCCAUGAAGCAGGUUAAAUGUUUCCAUUUGUAAUAAUGAAAUCAGAACUAUUUGUAUGUAAUCUGUAUAAUGUGAAACUGGACUGCAUUCUUUAAUGAUGAGCCCUUGAGCCAUAAACAUUUAGAAUUAUGAAUGGAAAAUAAUGAAGACAAAUAAUUCACUGACAGUACUUUUUUAUUGACAAUGAAACUUUGCUUGCUCACCACUUAGUUUUGACCAAAGUACAAGAAUAAAUAAAAAUAAAAAAAUGGGCACAAAAUAAAACAAUUCGUUAUUCGUGCAAAUUGAAGAUGUAAAAACAAAUAAAAGCGUAAGACUUGUAUGAGACGUCAAUCAGAAAUAACUCAAAGACAGAUAACAGGGCUGUACGGUACGUAACCCUGGAAACUCUGACAGAAACAAAGAGUUAACAGUUACACCAAUGUAAGUCACAGCAAGCAACAGGUUUGUCAUUAAAUGUCACCUCACUUCAACAUGGUCAUAUACACUCUACGCACACUAUGAGCUAAAGCAGUCUGUCUUUCAGUUAUUUCCUCUGUUCUGUUAACUUAGUGUCUGAGGGGAAGGGGAGAAGGCCAGCUUGGCUGAGUGUUUAGUUGUCCUUUGUGUUGAUAUAUCUCCUGACAAAACAUACAGUACAACAAUUGACAGGUUCUAUGAAUGUCAUCCUGCAUUUUUGUUCUCUGAGAGGAAGUUUUGUGCAACUUCGGAGAGUAAUGUAAAUCUCUUGUUUUUGGCUACUAAAUAGUCCGUUGAGUUGAUGCGGUUGUAUCAAAGUGCUUGUCAUGUUUUUCCAGUGCAUCGACAUGUCCUCCUAAAAUGCUCCUUUUAUGACAGCGAGUCCAUACGAAAGAUUGUUGUUGCCAGAAAUAGGGCUCAGAGUGGUUUUUGUACACCACUAGAGGGCAGGUUUUCACACAUCUAGUCUCUUCCUCUCUCUAUGGUGAAUUACAGGUUUAUCAUCAGCACAAUGAAA